AACAUCUUUUUGUGUGUGUAGAAAAUUUCAAAAAUAGAGAAGAGCAUGCCAUAAUGUUUUGCUACUCAAAGUAUGGUCUCAGGACCAGCUGCAUCAGCAUCAGCUGGGAGCUUGUUAGAAAUGCAGAAUCUUGGACCCCAACCCAGACCUACUGAAUCAGAACCUGCAUUUUAACAAGAUCCCCAGAUGAUUAAACUUUGACAGUAGUGAUAUAAUGUACCCCCAGUUACCCAUUGCUUAAUACUCAUGGCAAAUCUUGUUUCGUCUAUACCCACCACCCACCAUCUAUACCCACCACCACUCCCGCAGGAUUAUUCAAAUCCCCAACAUUAAGAAUAAAUUCUUAGUAUCACCUGUCAAUGUUCAAAUUUCCAUAAACGGCCAAAGCUUGGGAUCCUUUGGACUGUGAUAGUAUUAUACCAAGAGAUGAUUUAAUUCCCCUGUUUUCCCUGAAAAGGAAUUUCCUUUAUCCUGCAUAACCUAGAGUCUCAGAGAUGCUGAGCUCUAAAAGGAACUGGAAACAAUGAAAGCUAUUGGAAGGGGUCAAUACAUAAAUGUAGCAUAAAUACACACACCUGUCUCGCCUCAACAUCUGCCAUACCGGUGGCAAAUGCUCCAUCUCCAACGGAAGGCAAGAAAAACGAAGAUGAAAAGGCCCAAGUAACGACACAAGAAAGAAGCAAGGGGAAAGAAAAGUUUAAAACACCCUGUCACCCAAACAACUCUCUCCAGGUGAAUCUCUGGCUCCAAUCUGAGGAGGCCAUGUCUGCAGAAUUGAUUUCAUCUGCAGAAGAGGAUGUACAUCCUGGCUCAGGACCCAGUUUUAGGUCCAGUCAGAGGAAGAUAUUAAACCUGCUCUUGGAGAGAGACACUUCCUUUACCACCUGUCCAGAUCUCCCUAGAACUCCAGUGAACAAACUCUUUGGCGAUUCUGCAAACCUAAGUGUUUUGUCUGGAGGAACCCCAAAAUGUUGCCUUGAUCUUUCCAAUUUUAGCAAUGGUGGGGAGAUGUCUGCCAGUCAGCUUACCACUUCUGCAGACCUUGAUGAAACAGGCCACUUGGAAUCUAAAGGACCUCAGGACAUACAUUUAGCUGGGAUGAAUCAUCACCAGCACUUUACAAAAUGCAGCCCAGCACAGCUGCUUUGUAGCACUCCAAAUGUUUUGGACUGUGGCAACAGGAAGAAAGAUGCAGUAUGUAGCUCACCCACAAAUAAAGAAAAUAAGAAUAACACUUUGAAGUCCUCCGAGUGGUGGGCAUCCAGGAGCCUGAAGUUUCAAAAGACACCAGGGGAGCCUUACAUGUCUCCCCUUUCUCUACUGGACAAUGGAAAGUUGGUGGAAGGAGAAAUGAAAUAUCUGGGCAGUCCCAUUACUACACUUCAAAAAUUGGAUAAAAAUUCAGAACUAGAAGAACACCAGGCAGAGGAGAUUUCAAAUGAAUUGAUGGAGUUUUCUCUGGAAGAUCAAGAAGAGAUCAAGGGCUUAGGUCUAAAGAAGGCAGUCUCUCUCUGUGACAUUAAUAUUACUCAGAUGCUGGAGGAAGAGUCUAACCAGGGGUCUCUGAUUGGUGAUUUCUCCAAGGUGUGUGUGCUGCCAACCGUGUCAGGGAGACACCAAGAUCUGAAGUACAUCAACCCAGAAACAGUGGCUGCCUUACUGUCAGGGAAGUUCCAGAGUCUGAUUGAGAAGUUUUAUAUCAUUGAUUGCCGCUAUCCAUAUGAGUACCAGGGAGGACACAUCCAGGGAGCCUUAAAUUUGCACAGUCAGGAAGAACUGUAUGACUUCUUUCUGAAGAAGCCUGUCAUGCCUCUGGACACCCAGAAAAGAAUAAUCAUCGUGUUCCACUGUGAAUUCUCCUCAGAAAGGGGUCCCCGAAUGUGCCGCUCUCUCAGAGAAGAGGACAGGGCUCUGAACCAGUAUCCUGCAUUGUACUACCCAGAGCUAUAUAUCCUUAAAGGGGGCUACAGAGACUUCUUUCCAGAAUAUACGGAACUGUGUGAACCACAGAGCUACUGCCCUAUGCAUCACCAAGACCACAAGGCUGAGCUGCUGAGGUGUCGAAGCCAGAGCAAAGCAUGCGAAGGGGAGCGGCGGCUGCAGGAGCAGAUUGCCUUACUGGUGAAGGAUGUGAGCCCAUGACAAUGGAUCAGUGGUUUGCUGCUAACAAGUCACCCAAAGACAUUGUAGAAACCCUGAACAGAAAGAGCCAUGUUGAAUGUGGCAAAACCCAACAUUGUUAAAAGAUGGCUGCAAACCAACAGGCUGCCAAGAUAAUGAAAUUCUAGGCCUGUGGGUUGGUUUUAGCAAAACUGCUGGCUGUUGACUAAGUCCCGGAGCUGGCUUUAGAAGGCUGUAGCUUUGGGUUGGAUGGAGAUUUGUGUUGCUUCAGGAAGUGGUUACAUUCUCUUCCCAAUUAAGUGUCUUCUUACAAGCCAGCCAGCUCUUUCUCUCCCUGGGUCUGUGCAAGGGAGUUGGGCAUCUUCUUUCUCUGUACUUUGCUUCUUUGUUUUCCUCUCUCUCUUUUUCUUAAAUGACAAAAUAAACACUACAAAAUUA